AUGCCCAGAGCGUUUCAACUGCCAAAGCUUAACCAGGGCACGGACUCCGGCGGGAGUGUGCAAGAGCCUGCGACCGUUUUUCCUGCGAACAGCGAACGAACAAUAUGCAAACAAGAGUGGGCAGGGGCAGAAGAGGCGAAACGGCAGAGGUGCAACACUGGAAAGGACGCCGGUAGGGAGAUGCCGGGGGCAUAUGCCCGCUGGGAUAGCCAUGGAUGCGCAUUGAACGGUUCACCAGCCGGCCAGCCACUGCCUUUGGCAACGUGGUGA